AUGGCUUCAACCACCAUCGCCUCUCCGGAUAUCAAGAGCCUCGUUAGGCCCGUCCUCUCCGCCCUGCCAGGAGCGUCCGCCUCGACCGAGCCAGCUACAACAGUACUACCACUUUUAUCGCCCAUUCUCAGACAGCGAGUACAACUUCUCUCCGGCGCCAGCUCAGAUCCAUGGAUCCGCCUCCUUACCUAUGACACCUCCAAGGUGUCCAAGCUUACCGAGAUCGCCCAGAGCGGUAGUCUGGAUCCCCAUCCGGUAUCGGGAGAAGUGGAGAUGGAUUGGGAUUAUGAUGUCCACAUCAAGUACAGGAGACUGGACCAAGAGACACUUCAGACCCUCGUGGCGUUAGGAGAGUUCGAUCUGUUCAUCCGUCUUGUGUACUGCGUCAACGACAAAGACGGCGGCGGUGACGGAUGGCGUGUGGGCGAGAUCGGCGUAGCCAGCGAUCCAUCGCCCCUGCAAUCUUUCGGAGGUUAUUCCACACUCGAUGAAGCCGAGAAGGCGUUUAAGGCCCAACAAACCUCUGUGCCAGAAACCAAGCCCGCUGCGCAAGUUUCCAUCCAAGCCGAGCCGGUCGAAGAGGAUGAUGACGACGAUUACUGGGGUCGGUACGAUGCCACGCCUUCCCAAACACCGGGACAGGGUCGCUCUCCUGCGCCGCCGUCUUUGGGCGCCGGCCUCAACACUCAAAAUCCUAACCCCUUUGAGAGAAGCGCGUCCGCCGAAGAUGCGUACUUUGCCCAGUACGAAUCCGUACAGCCGGCCAUGGACCCCCAUGAUCCGGACGAGGAGGCUCUCCAAGGUGGACCUAUCGAUGGUGGUGCGCCGCUUAAUGGUCUUCUUCGCCGGUCUCCGUCGCCAAAACAGCAAAUAUACGAGCCUCCUGUUACAAACUGCGCACUAGCGCCGCCUCCAUUGGGCCUAAGCGGAGACGGCAACGGCAACUAUGUCCCAUCUCGAUCACCUUCGGACGAGUCAGGCUCCGGGUCGAGUGGCCGGCGCCUGUCCCAGGCGGACGAGGAGAGAACUGAGAGCCUUGCUCAUCCUCGCCCAGCCAGUAGCGCUAGCUCGAACGGAUCCCGUAUGGUAGCCAAGCUCGAAGAGACCGCGGAAGCUCAAGAUCGAGUGGAAUUCGGUAUUAAGCAGCAUGUUUCGAGGUCAAUUCGCAGUCUCUUCCAGUUAUCGCGAGGCGCGGGAAUUAGCCGUGAAGAGUUUGACCGCAUGGUUAGAAACGAGCUUGAUGUUCUUGCGAUGGUGGAGAAUGACGUUUGA